AUGGUUUUAGAAGAACUCGAGAAUUUAUCGUCAGAUAAAUCAAUUGAAUUCGUUGAGAAUAAUACUAGGAUCAAGUCUAUUGAGAGUAAUACUAAAAUCAAAUCCAAUGAAAGUGCAAAAAUUGUAGAUGCUGAUCUGAAUAUAAAAUCACCGAAUACGGAACUUAAUAGAUCAAGAUCAAUUGUCAAGGCAUUUUCCGAUGCAUAUAGAGAAAUUAGAAAUACUUAUAUAAUUGCGGAACAUUAUAAGCGGACAUGCGGUUCCCUAUCGGAGAGGGUUGGAAAGGCAUAUGAAGAGAUUUCAUUAAGGCAGAAUGACUUGACCUUAUUUAAUAAAAAAAGUUUCAUCCAAUUUAGUAGAUUCAUCAACACAGUUAAAGAAAUAAAAAGUUUUACGGCUGAAAUUUCGCAAAUCAUUGGACUUCAAAAAUACCUACAACUUGGAACUGUUGAUCAAACCUUUCAAAAAUUGAAAUCCGCUUUUGAUAAACACAUGAAAGAUCUCAGUUUAUCGAAUACUACUGAAAAUCAGUUUCAGACAGAAAAAGAUAAUGAAGCUUUAAAAAUAGAUACAGAAUCUUUUAAUGAGUAUUUGGAGAAAAUUGACGGUGGUAUCACAGAUCCGGAUCAUAAAAUUAAUAAUAAUAUUAACGAGAUUUUUGCACUUAAAAAUACUUUUAAUACUUUUGAAAAUGACCAAUCUCAAAUUGCUGAUAUGUUCUGCGAUGAGUUUUUGAAAAUAGAAGAUUAUAAUCUUCCGGAGAAUUCUCAUGGAAAAGCAGUAAAACGAACCCGAAAAGUUGACAGUGUUGAAUUUUCUUUCAAAGAAAUGCCAAUUUCUCGUAUAUAUAAUAACGAAGUAUCAAUUCUAAAACGUAUAAAUAAUUGUCACGAAAUAAUAAAGUUUUUUGGUCUAGCUAAAGGAGAAGAUAUGUUGUAUUUAGUAACAGAAUGGGCAGAAUUUGGAAAUUUGAAUGAAUAUUAUAAGAAAUAUAAUUUGGAUUAUGAUCUAAAGCUGAAAUUUGCACUCGAUGUGGCACGUGGAUUGAACUUUUUAACAACAGUAAAAAUCCUACACCGUGACAUAAGAUCGGAUAAUAUUUUAAUCACUAUCAACAAACAUGCAAAGAUUGCACAUUUUGGACUAAGUAGUAAAUUUGCUGAUGCCACCAAACCUAUUGAGUUUGACAUUCAAAGUGUUCGAUAUACGGCUCCAGAGAAAUUGCUUAAUUCUAAAUAUAAAUAUGACAUUAAAUGCGAGGUAUAUAGUCUUGGUAUGCUUCUCUGGGAAAUUGCAGAACUAAAAAUUCCAUAUACAGAAAUCGACAUUAAAGAGUUUUAUUAUAAGAUCAUCGUAGAACAACGUCGCGAAAAGUUUUCUCACGGUGGAGUUCCUCAAGAGUGGAAAGAUUUAGUAAAAGAAACAUGGCAUCAGAAUCCAGAAUUUCGACCAUCUUUUGCUGAUAUAUUUCUGUCUCUUCAAAAGUUAAUUGAACAAAAAUUUAGCCUAUUGGAUACAAAUGUCAACUCAACUGAUGAAUUUCAUAGUCAAGAAUCUGAAUCUUUUUUCAAUUUUGAUGAACUUGACUGGCCAGAAUCUGAAAGAGAAGUACGUGAGAAACAGGCCAGUCAAUUAUUUAAAGAAGCAGCAGAUGGCGGUAUGGCAGAUGCACAGCUGAUGUAUGGGAAUUGUAGAAUUAAUGGUGUGGGGACGAAUAAAGAUACGAUUAAGGCUGUAGAGUAUUACGAAAAGGCAGCUGUUAAUAAUAAUCCAACUGCGAUGUAUAAAGUAGGAAAUAUUUACUAUCAUGGAGAUGGUGUUAAGCAAGAUUUGGUGAAAGGUGAAAAGUUUUUGCGGUUAGCUGCUUGUAAUCGUCAAAAACUGGCAGUGGACAUGU